CCAUGUCGGCGGCAGAUGUUGUCGUACCAGCACUCAAAGCCGCGUGCACGGUCUUCAUCAUGGCGGGAACGGGCGUCUACCUCGCCAGGCGCGGCGUCAUGAACGAGCGCGUCGUCAAGGGCAUUGGCGAAAUGGUCGUCCACGCUCUCAUGCCCUGCAUGCUAUUUGCCAAGGUUGUUCCGAACGUCUCGGUGGACACGCUCGACCACCUGUGGCCACUGCUUGUUUACGCGAUCAUCCUCGCUGCAGUCGGAAUGGGAUUGGGCGCUAUCGCUCACAAGAUUGUUCGCGCAAGCCCAAUCAUGCGCAACUUUAUGAUGGCCACGAUCGGAUUUGCGAAUGCCACAUCCAUUCCGCUCGCUCUGUUCUACUCGGUGGCCGAGAACGCGGACGCCUUGCAAAUAAACCCACACGAUACCGCAGAGGACAUUCAAGCUCGAGGGUCGUCGUAUAUUUUGAUUUACACUAUUAUGACGACGCUCAUGCGAUGGACGGUGGCCGACCAGCUGCUCACACCGCCCGACGACUGGGACCCGCUUUCGUACCGCCGAUUGCCGGACGAGUCCGUGCUAGCGACCGACGAUGUACCGCCACCCUAUCCAAGCUUUUCAGAGACAGCAAGUACGUCACUGCACCCUACCGCAUCUCGACCCGAUGCUGCUGGGGAGAAUAUUGCAAUGACGGUACUUCCACGUCGACUCUCGCUUGACGGAGAGGACGACCUGGAUGGCACCGACAUGACAUCAGUUCCCGUUGAAGCGAGCGAUUCCUCGCAUGCCAAUUAUUAUCCGCCCUACUCUUCGCCAGAAGUAGCCAUUCUGGCGGCUGGCGAUGCGGCCGACUCGCCACCACAAAGGAAUACAGAACCAGGGGGAAUAGCGUCGUCCCGAAAGUCUCCAAUGACCAUGCUCCAGCGCAUCCGCAAGUCUCUCAACCCGCCCAUUUAUGCAGCCAUCGUCUCCGUCAUCAUUGGCAUGAUUUCACCAAUUCGCGAGCUCUUCUUCCCGGCCUUGGGCAGUAGCUCAUCCGCGCCGCUCAACUUUAUCACCGAUGCGGUUCAUACAAUUUCGAACGCGGUCGUUCCCCUCACCACCAUGAUGCUUGGCGCGGAGCUUUCUUCCGGGCCAAUGCCCUUGAGUAGCUUGAGGAGUACCACGCUGACCUACAGUUCCGCAGUCGCGCUCGUUGUCGCCAAGUUGUUCAUCAUGCCUGUGCUCGGCACUCUCAUCACGCUUGGCGCACAUGCCGCAUCCAUCAUUCCCGAUGAUCCCGCCUUCCGCUUUGUCAUGAUGCUCGAGUCGUGCGCGCCGUCGGCCAUCAACUUGAUUGUGAUGUGCUCGUUGCACUCCUUCCUCGACAAGGAACUGUCCACCAUUCUGUUCUACAUGUACAUUCUGUCCGCGUUCACCAUGACCGGGUGCAUCAUGGUGUUUUUGACACUGUUGUGAUGGGGGGGGGGAAGGUGGAUGUUUUGAUUGGCUUCUGUUUUGCAUUGUUGCAUGUUGUUCCCGCUUCCUGUGGGGGCUGUAAAUCCGUGCCUACCAUCAUAGGCACUAAACAAAAUUCCAUAAUGUUCGGAAAACA